AUGAGGAAACGAGAGACCCAAGAGGGCGCCAAUGCCUCUGCCUUGGAAAAGGAGAUUGGACCGGAACAGUUUCCCGUGAACGAGCACUACUUCGGAUUGGUCAACUUUGGGAACACCUGCUACUGUAACUCAGUGCUGCAGGCUCUGUACUUCUGCCGGCCGUUCAGAGAGAAGGUCCUGGCUUACAAGGUGCAGCCCCGCCGUAAGGAGUCCCUGCUCACCUGCCUGUCCGACCUGUUCAACAGCAUCGCCACGCAGAAGAAGAAAGUGGGAGUGAUCCCUCCCAAAAAGUUCAUCUCCCGGCUCCGAAAGGAAAACGAGCUGUUCGACAACUACAUGCAGCAGGAUGCCCACGAGUUCCUCAACUACCUCCUCAACACCAUUGCCGACCUCCUCCAGGAGGAAAAGAGCCAAGAGCGGCAGCAGAACGGGAAGCUGGUGCAGAAUGGAGGAGGAGGAGGGGCGGGAGGAGGAGGAGGAGGAGGAGGGGGGGGAGGAGGAGGGGGUGGUGGGGGAGGGGGAGGGGGAGGAGGAGGAAGUGAAGGAGAAGGGGAAGGAGGGAAGGAGACGCAGCAAACCUGGGUCCACGAAAUAUUCCAAGGAACUCUGACCAACGAGACGCGCUGCCUCAACUGCGAAGCCGUGAGCAGUAAGGACGAGGACUUCCUGGAUCUGUCGGUGGACGUGGAGCAGAACACUUCAAUCACGCACUGCCUGAGGGGCUUCAGCAACACGGAGACGCUAUGCAGCGAAUACAAAUACUACUGUGAGCAGUGUCGCAGCAAACAGGAGGCCCAGAAAAGGAUGAGGGUGAAGAAGCUGCCCAUGAUCCUCGCCCUCCACCUGAAGCGCUUUAAGUACAUGGACCAGCUGCACCGCUACACCAAGCUGUCCUACCGGGUGGUGUUCCCCCUGGAGCUCCGCCUCUUCAACACGUCCGGGGACGCCACCAACCCGGACCGCAUGUACGACCUGGUCGCUGUUGUCGUACACUGUGGCAGUGGCCCCAACCGUGGACACUACAUCACCAUCGUGAAAAGCCACGGCUUCUGGCUGCUGUUCGACGACGACAUCGUGGAGAAAAUCGACGCGCAGGCGAUCGAGGAGUUCUACGGCCUGACGUCAGACAUCUCCAAGAACUCGGAGUCGGGGUACAUCUUGUUCUACCAGUCCAGAGACUGA